AAAACAGAAGAGGGAGAAAAGACGGGCAUUUCCUGUACAGAGAAAAUGAUUGCAGUGGGAGAGAGAGAGAGAGAGGGAGUAGAGGCCAGAAAUCCAGUGUUCUGAGCAUCAGAACUGUUUAACACCAGUUGCACAGGCCCAUCAUCGCUUCACACUUAACACCUCUCUCUCUCUCAAAUUCAUCAAACAUUCUUGCUCUCUCAAUCCUCUCUUUUUAGAUUUUCUCUCUCUCUGCAGUUGUGGCUACCACCAGGACUCGUCUUCUUCCGCACUCACCCCCCUCCGGCGCCCCCCUCGUAUGGCCGCCGCCCCCACCCUCCUCCACCACCACCACCCACCUCCUCAACUACACCUUCCCCACCAACCCCAACAUGCUUACCACCGCUCUAGGCGUCGGCCUCGGCGUUUUUCCUCUCUUCGCCACCACCCCCACCUCCACGACUUGCGCUGCACCGCUGCUGCCGCCCAAACAUACUUUAAACGAUGAAGAUAAUGAUGGGGAUUCGGUGAAUUUGGAGGAUGGUGAGGGUAGCAUGAGGGCUUGUGUGGAUUGCGGGAACAAGGCUAAACGGGACUGCAGUUAUAGGAUGUGCAGAACUUGUUGUAAGGGUCGUGGCUAUGAUUGUGCUACUCACGUCAAGAGCACGUGGGUGCCCGCGGCUCGCCGCCGAGAGCGUCAGGCGGCGGUUGCAGCGUUUGUUGCCGGCGGUGGCUCUUCUGGGUCUUCCUCUGCUGUUGCAAAAAGGCCGAGACUCGGCUCAACUCAGGCUGCAACCGCAUCUCAUACCUCUACCUCUCUUCCUAACACUCCUAGGAGCUUUGAUGCCACUUCUACUCACCAAGAUGCAAGCUUUAAGGAGAGUUUGCCCCGGCAAGUUCGUGCACCAGCGGUGUUUCGGUGCAUCCGGGUCACGGCCAUUGAGGAUGGCCAAAAUGAGUAUGUUUAUCAGGCAAUGGUGAAGAUUAAUGGGCAUGUAUUUAAGGGGUUUCUAUAUGAUCAAGGGCUUAAUGAGAAGGGUAGCUAUCCAUGUAUUUCAGAACUACAGUUGGAAACUAAUGCUAGUGGAAGGAAUGUUGAUUCUUCUUCUCCAAUUCUCCACAAAGCUGACGCUUAUGAUGCUUCUGGUUGCAGAGGAUUCCUGGGAGGGCUAAUCAGACGAGAUAAUGUUCCUUAUUUCUAUUAGCUGUUUCUAAGAUGAUUCAGCCUCUAUGCUGGAUGGGAGCCUCUUACUUAGGUUAAUUCUUUUUAAGCUAAAAUGUUUUAUCGUAACUUUAUCUAAAGAGGAAAAUGAUAAUCUAGCUUUGGAUUCUUGCCAGGUGAUCAAGAUUGUUUUUGAUAGAUCUUGGAAGAAAGCUACCACAUAGUCAGGUCUAAGUUUUGUAGCCUUAAAAGGAUGAUGGUACCAAGUUCAGUGGAGGAGCUCUUCAGCCAUUGCAGAAACCCUACCAAACCGAAAAGCCAAGGCAUGCUUAUUAGGUGACAUAUUAUGUCUGUCUAGAUUGUGCCCAUAUCAUUUUGCUACUUGCUGGAAGGUCCCUGUUUGCUGAAGUGCAGCUGAUACAUUUCUACAUUGACAGCUUAAAGGGCCAUUUUGUUUCUUCUUAAGCUGAUGAAAGUGUCUACAGGAGUAUUGAAGUAGGCCCAAGAUAAUGCUGUGGUGGCACAUGAGAGAGAAUCCUGUAAGUUGUCUGAAGUUGCAUAAUAUACUUAUAGCCUAUAGGGUGUCCUAGAAGGUGAAGCUUCAGAAUGCUGUUAGAUUACUCGUCCAAGAUUUUCUUUCUCAAUGUUUUGGUCAUGAAAACUGUAAGAUCAGUUAGAAAGGCCAAGGACUUCAGUAUUUGAUAAUCAUUAGCUUAAAACCUUCUUCAUUGGCAAUCGAAGGAGCAUUGCAGCAUUUUUGUACAUUUGAAAGAUAUAUUUCUGAUGUCAUUCCUCAUUGUUUAAAUUAUAUGAAGUAUUAAAAUUUUGAAA